AUGUCCAUCAGGACUACAGCCAGGGAGGCAGUGAGUUCCUAUCAGGACCAAGCCCUCAGCGCCACCAUCUUUCUGCUGCGGUCCUAUGGCCCGGCUGCGUUUCUCCUCCAAGAGGAGGUAGAGGGAAGAAACUUUAAGGUGUGCCUGGGCGAGCAGCAUACAUGCACCUAUCCCACCUUCAGCAAGAANAAAAAAAAUUUUAAUUACCUCUGCUGGCUUUUACUGAAGAAAUUCAGGCUACCCAGAGAGCAUGUGUAUGCAUUUAAACCCGGAUUGUCGAGUCGAGAACUGCGGAUGGUCCUGCAGCGUCCACACACAGCUGAUGCCGCUUCCGGGACCCAGAGCCAGAACCUUCCAGAUCAGAAGGUUGGAAGCGUCUGCCGGAAAGUGAUUCAAGCCCAGGAUGUGUGUCCGAUCUGUCAGGAGGGGCUUCUGCAGAAAAAAGAGCCGGUGUCGCACUGCAGGUUCGGCUGUGGUAACUGCAUCCACAUCUCCUGCAUGAAGGUGUGGGCCGACCACCAAAGGCUGGCAGACAGUAAGGAGAUAGUGAAGUGCCCCAUGUGUAGGGGAAACUUCGGCUCCCUGCAGCUGCUUCAGGAGCAAAGCAAGAAUGCAGCCAAGCUCUUUACUGCAGCUGAAAGAGAGAAUCCAGAUAAGCACCUGGGAGCGGUGUGCUUCAGCUGCAGAGGCUGCCCCAUCACUGGAGCCUGUCUCAGAUGCACCAUCUGCAGUUUUUUGUAUCUCUGUGACAACUGCGUAAAGAAUGGCUGCCACUCACAACAUCCACUUGCCUCAAGAACGACCAGAAAGGAAAAGUGGAUUCUUGUGGAUGCAGCCUCCUCUGAAAAUCCCAAACCACAAGAUGAAAGCACUGUUGCAGAGGCAUUUUCAGCUGAAAUGUUGAAGCGACUGCCAGUAGUGAAAGUGAGAUCCGGCUCUCAGCUGCUGAAUGAAGGGCUGCAGUGUCGGAUCUGCCUGCAGGGGUUUCUCCAGGGUCAAAAGGUCCGAACUCUGCCCUGUCAACACAAGUUUCACGUGAACUGUGUCGACCAGAUCCUGAGGUCGAACUCCUGUCCUUUGGAUGAAUUCAUCAUUUUCAGUGGGGGAAGAAUCAAGAGAAACACGUCUUCUAAGUUCCUCUGCGCUAAGCAGAAGUAAAAUGACUUUAAGGACCUGGUCAUCCCUGGGAUAUCAUUGCUGACUCAAAGUGCUAAACCCUCUCCUGCAUGUGGAGCUCUUAAAGCGGAUGUUCUAAUGGAUACCUCAUCUUUUAGUGGUCUUGGACAGAAAGAGACAAGCGACGACAUGGUUGCAAAGCAAACAAAUGUGCAUCUCAAAGACAAGGAAAAGGCUGCUGUUAGAGAGAGAACAUCAGCCGAUAUGGAGCUGAGGAUGACUGGAGUUUCAAUAAAAACCAAGCAAUAA